UAUUAUUUUUUGGGAACUGAGUUUUCCCCUUUCGAGUCCAACCGAUCGCGUGCGCCGGUUUCAGCGAUAAGACUGUACCCCCCACCGACUGACCACUGCUAUGUCACUAUGAAUAUAAGGUGACGGUGGUCCCCGUCGACCUGCUGUCGCGCUUCUCUUUCAAGGACUCCUUCAGCCCUCGCUUCCCUUCUCCUUGCCUAUCUGGGUUGAUUCCCUUGCUCCUGCAAGAUGUCUGAAAAACACGAGGUCACGGCCGAUGAUUCUCUUCGGCCGGUCGAUGCUGCUAUCUCGCCGGCUGUGAAUGAGAAGGAGGCCGAGGCAAAUGAAAAGGCCCUGUCUGAGUCGCCCGAAGGUGACGAGCCUACAGAAGAGGAGGUUAAAACCCUUCGCCAUGUUGCGGAGAAUCUGCCCCUUGCUGCCUGGCUGGUCGCUGGUGUCGAGUUGUGCGAGCGGUUCACCUACUACGGCAUGUCUGGUCUAUUCCAGAACUACAUCAAUCUCCCUCUGGACGGCAGCAAAGGACGUGGUGCCUUGGGUAUGGGUCACCAGGGCGCUACGGCCUUGUCGACUUUCUUCCAAUUCUGGUGCUAUGUCACUCCAAUCGUCGGUGCCGUGGUUGCCGAUCAGUACCUGGGCAAAUACAAGACCAUCGUCUUGUUCUGUAUUGUCUACAUGGUUGGCUUGCUCGUCCUGGUUUGCACUUCGAUCCCGACCGCCCUGGAAAAUGGCGCUGGCUUGGGCGGUUUCAUCGUAGCUAUUCUCAUCAUUGGUCUGGGAACCGGUGGCAUCAAGAGUAAUGUUGCUCCUCUGAUCGCCGAGCAGUAUAAGCGGAAGAAGAUGGCCGUGACGACGACCAAGAAAGGCGAGCGGGUCGUCAUCGAUCCGGCUCUCACUAUUCAGCGGAUCUACAUGAUCUUCUACGGCUGCAUCAACAUCGGAUCGCUGUCUUUGCUGGCCACGCCGUACAUGGAGCGCGACGUCGGAUUCUGGUCGGCCUUCCUGCUCUGUCUGUGCAUGUUUUUCGUCGGUACCGUCGUCGUCAUCGGCGGACGCAAACUCUACGUUGUCCGUCCUCCCCAAGGAUCAAUCAUCACCGAUGCCUUCAAGGCCCUCUGGAUUAUGAUUGUGAACCGGAACAUGGACGCCGCCAAGCCCACCUGGCAGGCCGCCAACGGCGGACGUCGGACCAAUCUGCCUUGGGACGAUCAUUUCGUCGACGAGCUCAAGCGCGCUUUGGUUGGUUGCCGUGUCUUCUGCUUCUAUCCGAUCUACUGGGUCGUCUACGGACAGUUCUCCAGCAACUUCGUCACCCAGGCCGGCCAGAUGGAAGGCCACGGGGUCCCCAACGAUCUGAUGCAGAACUUCGACCCCAUUUCGAUUCUCAUCUUCAUCCCGAUCCUCGAGAUGGGGGUGUACCCGCUGCUGCGCCGGAUGCGCAUCAACUUCCGCCCGAUCACCCGUAUCUCGCUCGGCUUCGUGGUGGCCUCGCUCGCGAUGAUGUACGCCGCCAUCGUGCAGCAUCUCAUCUACUCAGCCGGACCCUGCUACGAAAGCCCGCACUGCGAAUUGUCCCUGGUCGACGGCCAGUACAUGGGCAACAACAUUCACAUCGCCAUCCAGACGCCCGCCUACGUGUUCAUCGGUCUGUCCGAGAUCUUCGCCUCGGUGUCCGGUCUCGAGUACGCCUACACCAAGGCGCCGCUGUCGAUGAAGUCCUUCGUCCAGUCCAUGUACUUGCUCACCAACGCCUUCGGCUCCGCCAUCGGUAUGGCGCUGUCCCCGGUCGCCUACGACCCGGCCAUCAUGUGGAUGUUCACCGGUCUGGCCUGCGCGUCCUUCGCCACCGGCUUCAUCUUCUGGGGCCUGUACCACCACCUGAACGCGCAGGAAGAUGAGAUGAACGCGCUGGACCUGCAAAACGAAGGUGUGCAGGCGGUGCAGGCGGAGCAUGAACAAAAGCAGUAGGCGGGCUGAUGGAUUUCGCUUUUCUCUUUUCCUUUCCUCUCUUCUCUUGAUUCCCUUGUGUCUUUUUUUUUUUUUAUUAUUUUUUGUUCUUCUACUUGUAUCGUAAUAUUCUUAAUUCUCGCGAGG